CGGGUGGACGACGUGGAAGUUGCUGGCCGACCUGGCUGGGAACCGGAGGCCCGGAGCGGCGGAGGUGGCGGCGCCCAGGCUCGACUAGGACUCGCUGCCGAGUCCCGGCCUGACUCCGGGGACCGGCGAGGGCGCGGCGGCGGCUCAUCAUGGGUGGCUUUUUCUCAAGUAUUUUUUCCAGUCUCUUUGGAACCAGGGAAAUGAGGAUUUUAAUUUUGGGAUUAGAUGGUGCUGGGAAAACAACAAUUUUGUACAGAUUACAGGUUGGAGAAGUUGUUACUACUAUUCCCACUAUUGGAUUUAAUGUAGAGACGGUGACAUACAAAAACCUCAAAUUCCAAGUCUGGGACUUAGGAGGACAGACAAGUAUCAGGCCGUACUGGAGAUGUUACUAUUCAAACACAGAUGCUGUCAUCUAUGUAGUUGACAGUUGUGACCGAGACCGAAUUGGCAUUUCCAAGUCAGAGUUAGUUGCCAUGUUGGAGGAAGAAGAGCUGAGAAAGGCCAUUUUAGUGGUGUUUGCAAACAAGCAGGACAUGGAGCAGGCCAUGACACCCUCAGAAAUGGCCAAUGCACUUGGGUUACCUGCUCUGAAAGACCGAAAGUGGCAGAUAUUUAAAACAUCCGCAACCAAAGGCACUGGCCUUGAUGAGGCGAUGGAAUGGUUAGUGGAAACAUUGAAAAGCAGACAGUAAGUCCGCUUACAUCAGUUCCUGUGAACCCAACGCUACGUCCCAUCCUUAUUGGAAUCAGCCGGAUGUGCUUCUCUGACUGUUAGGACUGUGUGAUUGCAGGCUGUACAGAACUGACUCCACUAUUUGUAAUAAAUAUAAAAAACAAGUAUUUGGCAAGAGGGUUAGCUUGAUUGAAUCACCCAGAUGCUUUAUGUAAUGUAAAAUAGUCUUCCUUGCUUUCUUGUGUUAAGGUAUAUAUUCUAUUUGUAUGGAAUUCUUACACAAAUACAAUUCUAUUAAAGAAUGUACACUCUUGGGGGGAACCCUCCUAUUUUUAAA